AUGUCAUCUUUUUCCACCAACGACAUCGGCUCAUCUCUUUCCACCAGUGACCUUGGGCUCACCUCACCUCACCGAAGACUGCAACGACUGCUCAACUUUACAAGCCCUAAGUUGACAAGAUUUGUCAGCAAAUCUCUACCACCACCCUUACCAUUGAUAAUUCCAUCACAUUCUCCACCCCUUUUGCUACUUUCACCUCCACUGCAUCUGCAAACUUUGAAGUCAGAAGUCCCUCAAGAAUCCAGGUACAAUUUAAGGAAGGGAGUUUUCGGCCUCUAAAGAUAAAGUCAAAUGUAAGCCUUCCGGAAAGUGUUGAGAUUUUUGGCCAAAAUAUAAAUUUGUCAGCUGUACA